GCCGUGCUAUGUAGUUCCCGCGCGAGGGGCGAUCGCGCGACACAUUCGUACAAUCAUUCGUCCUCGCCUUCGUGAGUCCUAUUUUUUAAAGCUUUGUCAAUAAUUGUGACGAGUUUUGACCAUGUUUUGACAGUAAAAUUACAAAAAUAAGCAUGGAUUGGACGAAUGCUAUGGUGCUAGAAUUCCUGCAUAACUACGAAUUGGAACCGGUGCUUUGGGAUCCACAAAAUCCGAACCACAAAAGAAAACAUCACGGUUUCGGAGCGUGGGAGAGAAUCAUGCGUAAUCUCACUUGGGAUUGUAAAAUUGAAGACCUGAAAAAGAAAAAGGACAGCCUGAUGGCUUCCUACAGAUUUCAUUGUAAUAAAAUUAAGAAAAUGAAGACAGACCCCACCGGGGAAAAUGUUUAUACUACAAAUUGGUUUGCAUUUGAUUGUAUGAACAGUUUUUUGGGAAGAGUGUAUGACCUAGAGUACGACAAGACUAACAUAGACGAGUUCUACCAGGAAGCCUCUAUAGAAGAUGUCGACACUAGCGACACCCAGACUUCCAAGGAUACCGAACACGUAGUGCCCGCGAAAAGGAGGAAAGUUAAAGAAGAAUCCAAGUCGUAUGCCGACGAAUUCCAGACGAAUUUAGAAAAACAGGAAAAGAACUGUAAAGAACUUUGCGAAACGUACGGAGCUUUGUUGGCACAGAAGCUAUUUAAUUUAGGUGAAGAGGACAGGCUGAUCCUCAUGAACCAGAUAGACAAUUUAGUGUUUGAAACCGCCUUGCAAGCGAGGAAGAAAACGUUUGCCUAAUUAGUUUAGUUAUCACUAGUGACAAGUAACUUAGUUGUUAUAUUUUUAAUUAAAAUUGUUCCAAUAUACCUA